AUGAGCAAUAGCGGCAAAGCAACGACUACUGCCAACAUUCGAAUCGAUUCAUCUCCCUCCUCGGCAUCAAAUCUGACUCAGUCGACUCUUGACCGAUUCAACUUUAAACGCCCUUCAACAGAUUCAACAUCAAAUUCAAUAUCAGCAACCCAUUCAACAACUUCCUCAAAACGAACCAAGUUUCAACAGGACGUAUCCUUACCGCAGAAAGAUAUGACGGACGGAAAGGACUCGGCUGCCAUGUCUGCUCGCUCACUGAUUUACGAUCUCACCUCAUCACCGAUACACUCGCAAUCGGAUAAUGCAUUAUUCGAUGGGGUCGUGUCUGGCAGUAAUAAUACGAGUACUGCUAAUGCAAAGGGUAAAGGUACACUAUCUUCUUCAUUCGGCGAUGCUGGACGACGAGUAUCUGAUGGGUGGGGAUCAAGACCUGGGAGUGGAAUGGUAGGUGCUGUAAACCAUAGUGCUUCGCCUGUAUCUUCUGGUGGUCCGAAGAAGCUGAUUAUAAAAGGAUUCAAAAACAAACCCACACUACCUGUAAACUACGAAGCUGAUACUUGGCAGACAUUACGACGUGCUGUACGCGCCAUUCACGAAAGUCAACCUGUGCCAGAUAGCAAGGAAGAGUUGUACAAGUUAUGUGAGAACUUGUGUCUACACAAGAUGGCGAGUGGACUAUAUACGAAACUGCAGGCUGAAUGUGAAGAGCAUGUACAGUCACAAGUGGCCUUACUUCAAACGAAUGGAACUGAAGGUGAACACUUUCUGCAAGCAUUAGAGACUGUGUGGACUAGUCACUGCCAGCAAAUGAUUUUGAUACGAAGUAUCUUUUUGUACCUGGAUCGUACAUAUGUAUUACAGACAUCGUGGUUGUUAUCAUUAUGGGAAAUGGGAUUAGAUUUGUUUAAAAAGCAUGUAAUGGGGGCUCCGGACAUCAAGAAGAAGGCUGUUGAGGGGUUACUAAAUCAAAUUCGACGUGAAAGGGAUGGUGAGGUGGUGUCAAAACCAUUAUUAAAGACCCUCUUCCGUGCACUCAUGGAUUUAGGAAUCUACGUCUCAGUUUUUGAAACACCAUUCUUGGAUCGGACUGAAACGUAUUAUCGAGCUGAAGCCGAUAGACAGUUUGCUGAAUUGGAAGCAGCUCCUGGCGCCGAAUCUGUCGCAAGAUAUCUAAGACAUGUGGAAGAGAGAUUGAGACAAGAAACAGACCGAUGCUCACAGUUAUCAGGAUAUUUGGAUUUGGCUAGUAGGAAACCACUUAUUACUGUAGUGGAAACUGAGUUGGUUAAGAAGGGUGUCAAGUUAUUGCUUGAGAAAGGUUUUGAUGACUUAAUGAUUCACGAUCGAGCCGAUGACUUGAGUCGAUUAUAUCAGCUACUCGGUCGCGUACAAGCAUUAGACCAAAUGCGAACAGCCUUUGGUUUACAUAUCAAGAAAAGCGGUCUAACACUUGUCAAUGACCCCUCUCGAGAUCCAACAAUGGUGACAGACCUAUUAGCCUUCAAGCUCAGAUUAGACAAUCUGCUCGUCACAUCAUUUGCCAAGAAUGAAUUGUUUGGCAAUUCAAUGAAGGAAUCAUUUGAACAUUUCAUCAAUCAAAGACAAAACAAACCUGCUGAAUUGAUUGCCAAGCACUUGGAUGGUUUGCUCAAGAGCGGUAAAGGUGUCACGGAAGAAGAGGUUGAGAGCAUGUUGGAUCGCUGUUUGGUCUUGUUUAGAUUUAUCCACGGCAAGGAUGUCUUUGAAGCCUUCUACAAGAAGGAUCUGGCGAAACGAUUAUUGUUGAACAAAUCUGGAUCUGUUGAUGCUGAGAAGAGCAUGCUGAUCAAGCUCAAGACUGAAUGCGGUGCUGGGUUCACUUCGAAACUGGAAGGAAUGUUCAAGGAUGUUGAAUUAUCCAAAGAUAUUAUGAUAUCAUUCAAUGCUUCUCCCAAACACAAGAAUCAAUUGGAGAGUAUUGACUUGGGUGUCAGUGUCUUGACAGCUGUCAAUUGGCCAACAUAUCCUCCAGCGGAAGCAUUGCUGCCAACAGAGUUGGAAAAAUGUCAAAAUGUCUUCAAGAGCUAUUACGAAGAACGACAUUCUGGAAAGAAACUGACUUGGGUCAACUCACUGGGUCAUUGUGUGUUGAAGGCAUCAUUCCCAAAGGGCGUCAAAGAACUCUCCGUAUCCCUCUUCCAAGCCAUAGUAAUGCUCCUCUUCAACACCAUCCAUGGCAGCAUAUCCUUUUCUGACAUCCAAUCACAAACACGCAUCGAGCCCAAAGAAUUGAGUCGAACUCUACAAUCCCUAGCUUGUGGUAAAGUGCGAGUUCUCACUAAAACCCCAAAAGGACGAGAAGUCGACCCGAACGAUGUCUUUGAAUUCAAUGAGACAUUUGACAAUGCCUUGUAUCGAAUUAAAGUGAAUGCCAUUCAGAUGAAGGAGACUGUUGAAGAGCAAAAGAGGACUGAGGAAGGAGUGUUUCAGGAUCGUCAAUAUCAGGUCGAUGCUGCAAUUGUUCGCAUUAUGAAAACGCGUAAACAAUUAUCACAUACAUUACUCAUUGCUGAAUUGUAUGAGCAACUCAAGUUCCCUAUCAAGCCCCAAGAUCUGAAGAAACGAAUCGAAUCAUUAAUUGAACGCGAGUAUUUGGAACGAGGAGAUGAUGAAUUGAGUCGAACUCUACAAUCUCUAGCAUGUGGUAAAGUACGAAUCCUCACCAAAACCCAGAAAGGACGAGAUGUCGACCUAAACGAUGUCUUUGAAUUUAGCGAGACAUUUGGUAUUGCCUUGUAUCGAAUUAGGGUGAAUGCUAUUCAGACGAAAGAGACUGCUGAAGAGCAAAAGGGAGCUGAAGAAGGACUGUUUCCGGAUCGUCAAUAUCAGUCCUUCAAUCCUGACCCUUUACGAGAGCUCCAGGGACGCGGCUGUAUGCAGCUGUGA